AACACAAAGGAUACUCACCAUCAGCUAUGAUUAAUGCAUAUAAAAUGGUAAUGGAAACUGGUGCACCAGUAAAAACUGCUGCUAGACAGUACGGUGUACCACAUAACACCCUAAGAGAUAGAGUGAAGGGCAGAGUAGAUCCGCAGACUGUCAUGACAGGACAGGGUCCAUUAUUCUCCACUGAAGAGGAAGCAAAACUUGUCGACCAUGUUAAAUAUAUGGCAAACCUUGGGUAUGGUUUCACAAUAACUGAGGUUGUAGCCAAGGCAACUGACUAUGCAGUGUUCUUGAAGAAGCGAACCCAUGACAACCCAUUGUCAGUCAAGUGGUUUCAUGGUUUCAGACGACGUUGGCCUGAAAUAAAGGUAGUAAAACCUAGAGCCCUUAGUCAGUGUAGAGCAAAAUCCACAACUGAGCAGGCAGUGUACUCAUACUUUGACAAUCUAGAAACUGUCAUAAAAAAUAAUGAUCUACUUAAUAAGCCUGAAUGUGUAUACAACAUUGAUGAGAAAGGUAUACAGACUGAACACUCUCCCCCAUAUGUUGUCAGUGGCAAGGCAUGUGUCCCGGCCAUAACUUCAUCAAGGUCAGGAAUAACCACUAUCAUUGGUGGUGGCAAUGCACUAGGAACACAGAUUCCACCAUUUUUUAUUUUCAAGGGGCAGCGAAUGAAUGAAGACUUGUUUCAAGGUUCAACACCUGGCUCUGCUGGCACUAUGUCUAAAAGUGGUUGGUCCAAUUCUACCAUAUUCCUUGAGUACUUGGAACGUCAUUUUGUACGCUACAUUCAAAGGCAAAAUGCAAGUCAGCCAAUCCUAUUGAUAUUUGAUGGACACAAGUCGCAUAUCAAUGUUCCUGUACUAGAAUGGGCACAAAAGAAUAAUGUGCUUUUGUUUGUGCUUCCUGCCCAUACAAGCCAUUGCCUACAACCCUUGGAUAUUGGAUGCUUUGGUCCCUUACAAAAGAUUUACAAUAAUAUGUGUCAAAAAUUUGUGAGGGACAACCCAUCUUCCAAAAUCACUAAAUUCAAUGUAGCUGCACUGGCUUCAAAUGCAUAUGUCAAAGCACUCUCUAACAGCAAUCUAAAGGUGUCUUCAGAAAGCUGGCAUAUAUCCUCUCGACAGAACAGCAGUCCCUGUUGACAACUUCAAGCCCUCCGAGCCAUAUGUGGGUUUAGACCCUACACCUGUCCCAGCUGCUGAUCAGUCUGACGUUGACUCAUAUUUCAAGGCUGCAGAGUCUGUUAUCGAUAAAAAGAAACAAUAUAACAAAACAUUAAUCAAUAAAACACUAAGUAGUGUUGUUUCCGGGCAAGAAAUUACCCGAUCAGACAUAUGCCAGGAAAUUGUCAGCAAAGCACAGUCCCAGCCUUUGUGUGAACCGCCAGCACCCAAGAAGCGUAAAAACAAUUCCAACCUGAAAGUCUGUAAAAGGUCUGUCAGCUCACAAAAACACAAACAAUCCUGUUGUUACCCCAUUCCAGAACCGGUUCCUGGUCCAUCAACCAUAAACUUAAACCUUCAGUCAGAUUCAUAUUCAGAUGACUCUGACUCUGAUAUUGCUGACGAGGAUAAGUGCUGCGUUUGCAAGCAAUUUCAAUCUGAAAAACUGAAAAAUUGUGUGUCCCUUGUGUUCACUAAAUGGGCACAGUGUGACUUCAAUGGCUGCAAACAUUGGACACAUCUCGAAUAUUGCUGCAAGCAGCGAGUCAUUCGGCGUAAUGACAUAUUCAUCUGUCCUUGUCAUGGCCAAUCAAGCAAUGAAGAAUAAUAAAAUAAUAAAAUCAGUAUAAACAUGAUCAGUUUAGGUAGUUAAAUGUUUAAAGUUAUUAACUGUUUCAAGUUUUAUUGUUUUGGACCAAAAGUUAUGAACUAUACUGUAAUUGUGUACAUGGUUCGAAAGCUGGUGCUCUUAGGAGGCGGCCAUAUUGGAUUUUUUGUGACAGGGUGGUGGAAACUACCUAGCAUAUUUCAAAGUUAUGAAUUGGGAUAUACAUACGUAAAUUUAUGCAGAAGGGACUCAGGUGCGCACCCUGGACCGAUACUUCCUGCCGCCGGCCGAUUUCUGCACCGGUGAGACAUGCUGCGACAUGAACGGCGUCUAUCCACUCUGUAGUAAAAUCUGUAGAGCGGACAUGAGAAAAAACCGUACAGCGGAAACGUGGUUGAAAUAAACGACCAUCCACGUUGGACGGCAAAAAGAGCAAAGCUUGAUCUCUGUUAAAGAAACUGCAUGUUGAUUUUAUUUACGUCAGUGUAUUUUUUAUUCACGUCAGUGUGUUUGGUGUCGAAUUAUUGUAAAUGAGAAAGGCUUUUUCCUGAUUGAUAUAUUUUUUUUUAACCCGUUAAAUUAAUGAAUUAAAAUUUACCAAGUAUCGUAGCUUUACGAUUGAUAGAUUUUCAGUUUUACAUUGUCGUUAGAUACCUUGAUGCACAUUCGCACUGUAAUUAUUAUAUUUUCGUUUCCUCAAAUAUAGAUACACAGAAAUAUUCCCCUAAAAUUCAGUAAGUAGAGAAACUAUGACAUUAUACCUAUAGUAUUGUUGUUCAUAUAUAUGCCUGUAUGUAAUGUCGCCUAGCUAAAUGUAUAGAUCAAUAAAAGCGUGCGCUUGCAAAUAUUUACAUUCAUCACCAGAUUAUUUUUUAAAGAUACGUAUGCAAUUUAUUCAAAAGAAUGUCUUAACAUGUUCAACACUGACAACUAUUAUCCUUCUAUACUGUUGUAUAAUCUAAAUAUGUUUUACCUAAAAUAAAGGGGGCAAAUUACGAUAGAUCUGCCGUUGUUUGUUCAGCUUUUUAAAUACAGGUAGUUGAAAAACAUUUUAAUAUUGCGCA